AUGAAAAAAAUUCUGAUCAUCAACACUCUGGUGACAGACGACCAGUACGCCGUGGUCAUGGGCAUCAUUUCUGUCAUGGGUACCGCGGUGUCCCUAUUCGGACUGGUCAGUAAUGCCAUGAUAAUCAGAACGUUCACGGCCAUGGGAGUGGACGAUGGGAUGUCUGUGUCGUUCUUGUUCCUUUCCAUUUCUGAACUGGUCUGUUUUUUAAUGGCGAUCGGCCAGGAGGUGUCCAUAGCCUUUUGGGUCGUGGAGAUCGGAAGCCACUACAAUAUAUAUUCGACGGUCCACCCGUACGUGUUUGUUAACUUUUUCGGAAAUGCCCGAAACUGUCUUUUCGACGUCCCGGUACUGAUAACGUUGUACCUGGCCGUGGCGAAAUGUAUGUGCGUUGUCAAACCGCUUCACUUUAAAAACAUGUUCUCGGUGAGUAGGUCUGUUUGGGUGACGGUCGGAAUUUGCAUAUUUUCUGUAGGGAGCUAUGUGCCUAUAUUUGCCAACACCGGGGUCACGUGGGAGUUUGAUAAAAACAUCAACCGGACCCGGCCGAUGUUGUGGGCGUCGCCCUAUCGGGAUGUCAUCAAGAACAUCAUCUGGACAGUGAGGGACUCGGUGCCUUGCCUCGCGUCGCAGGUCAUAAUUGUUAUCUGCAUCUAUUUCAUGUCCAGAACUCUACUCGAGGCGGCUAAAUUCAGGGGCAGUUUGGUCGCAGCAUCCACGUCACGAAGAAAUGCGGAAUCGUAUGAUAACAACAAUCAGGGGAUGAAAAGACCCAACCUCAAAGAGACACAAAUCAUCCAGCAGGUUGUGCUCAUCUCAGCUGUCUACAUCGUGGGGAAUACCCCCAAAAUUGUGAUUUUCUUGGCAUUUAUUCUGGUUCCAGGUUUAACCCUAAAUACUCCGUAUCAAAAUGUGUACCUCAUCAUCAUAAACAUCAGAGAACUCAUUGAAAUGAUCACUUCUUCUGUGAACAUUUUCAUUUAUUAUAAAUACAACUCGAAAUUCAGAAGUCACUGCAAGUGUUGA